CAAACUGUCGACAUGUUGAAUAGACUGUCCGUUACUUUACUCAGGCCGACUGUCCGGUCUCCUGUGGUCAGAAAAUUUGGGGGACAAAGUGCCUAUGAAAAGGUAUUUUCCCGGGACAGCCUGUUACAUCCAUUAAAUGGGGUCAAGCAUAAGGAGCUGACAACGGUGACAUGCAUCACGGGACUAGCAGUAACGGCAGCCAUAGCUUAUCCGCUAUACUACUUGUUUGCAAACAUUGAUAUUUCGAUUAAUAAAAAUCGGCCAUACCCGUGGCAGGAUGCAAGGCCAGGACACAGAGAUGUGUUGAUAGGCAGAAGAAAAUAUGGUGACCUUCACGAUGAUAUAAAAAAGAUGACCGGUCUUCUGGAAAACACUAACGACGAGAAGUUGAUACGUCUGGAAGAUAAAGUGGAGAAAAUCAGGCAAAAAAAAUUGAAAGCAGAGUAGACUUUUGAUCCUGAUGUGUCACGUGAUGUUCUAGUGUAACACGUGAUGUUCUAGUGUGUCACGUGAUGUUUUAGUGUACCACAUGAUGUUGUAGUGCGUCACGUGUUGUUGCACAGUAUCACAUGAUGUUCUUGUUUAUCAUGUGAUGUUCUAGUGUGUCACGUGAUGUUCUUGUGUGUGACUGUAUGAUAUGAAUAGAGAGCUAGUGAGUGAUACCAAUUAAACGCCUCCAAUUUUGUACCCGAUACUUGCUUCUGCCAUUAGGGUGUAGACAAUAAGAUAGUAAUUAAUCGUAAUUGGAAUAAGAUAAUAACAAAUCAUAAAUUAUUAGAGUUACGGCCCUUCAUCUGUCCCGGAAUAUCCAAGUGCUUUGAUCCAUGAUGUCACGUGUUCUACUCAAACUCUGGAAAACGAUACAGCUGUUUAUCCUGCUGAAACAUGUUUAAUGAUGUUUAUUUAUACUGUAUCAAAGAAGUUCAACAAGACUUCGCGGAGUUUUUAUCAUUGUAUCUAUGUAAGGUAUCCUCUGUAUUCCUACUCCUAGUAGAUAGACGAUAGUGUAUUUUUACUGCCAUUAUUGUUGGUUCGGCUGUCACUACGGAAAAAAAAAAAGAUUGUAAAAUUGAAAUGUGUGAAAAGUGAUCCAAGUUUUCGCUGAAUGGCAAAUCCUAAUGUGAAGAUUUUUUAAGGAAAGAAAACGGUCACACGUGAUACUCGGUACUGUACACAAUAUCCUCCAUAUCUGUACUCAUUACAAAAUUUAAUCUGUUUUACUCAAUUCAGUUUUAUCUGAACUCACUACAAAACGUACACUCUACUCAAAGUUGAUUUUAAGCUGUUGUGUACCAGCUGUACGUGUACUCUAAGUCAACUGCAUAUUGUAUACUCGAAACAAACACAAACUUAAUGGUGCACUCAGUAGCAGCUUAAUAUGAGACAGUUUUACGUCAUCCUUGAUUGUCAAGUCAACAAAUUCAGUAAAUAUCAAUGCAGCUAAUAUGUUAAAACUGAAUGACGGAGAGUUUUCUUUAUAUUUUACUUCAUGCCUGCUAUGUCUUUUUAUCAUUAUCAUUUGUCUUUUUGAUUUAUAUCAAUUUUGUGUAUUUGCAGGGAUGCAAUUUUAGUUCGUUCGUCUCUUUAUCAACUGUACUUUGAAUCGGUUACCUGUAGUAUUGUAGAUAAUCAAUCGGUUACCUGUAGUAUUGUAGAUAAUCGAUCGGUUACCUGUAGUAUUGUAGAUAAUCGAUCGGUUACCUGUAGUAUUGUAGAUAAUCGAUCG